AACUUUUCAGCCCAGCUCAAUCUACAUCGCUGUCCAAGCUAAAAAGGCCCAACUGAGAAAGGCAGCGAGUGCCGGCCGAGUAGAACUCUGGCCUGCAUCCUAGUCCGGCUGCCGCAUCCGGGCAGCUCCGGGCUCCGGCGGUUCCCCGCUGCCGUCCUCCGUCUGGUCCCGACUGCGCUAGUGCUCCGCCUCAUGGGGGCGUCCGAAUCUCUCCUGUCCAGGCAGCAGCUGCAGCAGCUGCGGCCGCAGUGGGCGGAUGAGAUCACGACGGUGUCCGAGGGCCGGCGCGACGACGCCGACGCCGAUCCCCUCGUCCGCCGCAUCCGGUCUCUCACCAUAGCUCCGCCGCUAUUGAGCUCUCAAUCUGAAGCGGAGGCAGAGAGCAGCCUCACCGAUAUCCUCGUCCGGAAGCCCUCUAUCUCCUCAGCCACCUCUGGAAAUCUGAACCCAAAUGUCCUAGCUGAGCUUUUUUCCUUGUACCGCGAAUGGCAAGAAGAGAAUGCCAAGAAAAUUAGCCGAAAGCAGGAGGAAAUAGAAAACAAGAUAGAAACAGCUGAUGCAUUGGCAGUUAAGCUUCUCCAGCGGUUCAACUAUUCUCUUACUUCCAUGAGAUCCACCUCCCACAAUCUUGCUGAAGUUCAUCCGCUGCAGAUCGAAGUUGGUGAGUUGAAGGGCAGCUUAACUGAAGUUAUAAGUAACUGCGACGCACUGUGCAAGAGAAUUGCUGCAGAAGGACCGGAAAGCCUACGAUCAUCUGUUCAACCUUUCAUUCCUGCUAGAGCAGAGGCAGAAGGAAGCGGUUCACUUGACCCAAAACAGGAGUCGUGAAUCGUACAAUCUAACUGCUGGCAGCAUGUGCAAAGAAACUUCAGAGGAUGGUUAGUAGGUCCUGGAUAAAUGCAGUAUAUAUACAUACAUGUUUCCAAAUGUCUGAAAUUCUGUCUGUCUUGUUGUAGUAUCUAGAGUCAUGACCGUGUCUGUGCACAGCACCGUCUCUGCGUGCGGUGCGGCACUAAUUUUUACAUCAGAUGAAGCUCGGACUUUUUACCUGGUGUCUGAAAUUCAUCAUCUUUUUAUUCUAUCAGAUAAUCUCGGACCU